UUCACUCUAAAGUCUAAACAUGAUUUUCUUUACACCCAAACAAACUUAAAAAAAAUGUUGUCCUCCAAAUCCCAUUUCUUAACUAAACCAAUUCAACACCAUUCAAAUCUCCCCCUCUUUUUCACACACACUACUGUGUGUAAUCCAAACCCUCAAAAACAACCUCUUGAAGAACAAAACAUAACAACCAACACAUCAUACUGGACUAAAAAAAUCCACAAAUUAUGCACAAUCGAUCGCAACGUAAACGAAGCAAUCCGUCUUUUAAACCAUCUCACAGUAAACGGAUACACACCCAAUUCUUUAAACCUCACAAGCAUCACACACGCCCUCUGCGAUUCCAAUCGUUUCGCAGAAGCCCAUCGUCGGUUUUUAUCGUCUCUUAAUGGUGUAACUAUACCCGAUGAAAGGACAUGUAAUGUGAUCAUUGCAAGGUUAUUGGAUUGGAAUAAAAAACCACAUUUUACUUUAAAUGUUGUGUAUAGAAUUAUGGGUUUAAAACCUUGUUUCGUGCCGUCUUUGAUGAAUUUUAAUCGUUUUAUUGAUCAGUUUUGUGGGGUUUCGUGUGUCGGGUUUGGUCAUUUGUUGUUGUUUCAUAUGAAGUGUUUGGGGCAUUGUCCGAAUGUGGUGAGUUAUACUAGUUUGAUUAAUGGGUAUUGUAAGAUUGGGGAAAUGGGUAAUGCACGUAAGGUGUUUGAUGAAAUGUGUGAGAGUGGGAUUAGGCCUAAUGCGUUGACUUUUAGUGUUUUGAUUCGUGGGUGUUUGAGGAAAAGAGAUUUCGAGGGUGGGAACGCGUUGUUUGGGAAAAUGUGGAAGACGAUGGGUGAAGAAGAGGAUCGUUUGAUUAACCACGCGGCAUUUUCGAAUGUGAUUUGUAGUUUAUGUGAAGAGGGGUUGUUUAAAGAGGUGUUUGAUAUUGCGGAAAAUAUGCCUCAAGGGAAGAGUGUUGACGAUGGUUUUGCGUAUGGACAGAUGAUAGAUUCGUUUUGUCGAUAUGGGAGGCAUCAUGGUGCUUCAAGGAUUGUUUAUAUGAUGAGGAAACGAGGGUGUGUUCCGAGUUUAGUUUCAUACAAUUCUAUUGUUCAUGGACUUGCUAAACACGGUGGCUAUUUGAGGGCGUAUCAGCUGUUGGAACAAGGGGUUGAGAUUGGUUACGUACCCUCAGAGAUUACUUACAAAGUUCUAAUAGAAUGUCUUUGUUUAGAAGAAGAUGAUCUUGGUAAAGCAAAGAAACUUCUUGAAAUCAUGUUGAACAAAAAUGGGGUGGAUAAGGCGAGAAUUUACAAUAUUUAUUUAGGAGCUCUAUGUCGAAUGAAGACUGAUGUUUCAACCGAGCUUUUGAACACACUUGUUACAAUGCUGGAGACAAAAUGUCAUCCAGAUGUAGUUACUCUAAACACAGUUAUUAACGGGUUUUGUAAAAUGGGAAAAGUCGAUGAGGGUAUAAAGGUACUAGAAGAUAUGAUUAUGGGCAAGUUUAACGAUUGUACCCCUGAUAGUGUGACGUUUACCACAAUUAUUAGUGGAUUGUUAAAUGUCGGCAGGGCACAAGAAGCUCUCGAUGUGCUUACUAAAGUUAUGCCUGAAAAGGGUUUUAACCCAAGUGUCAUAACUUACAAUGUAGUACUCUGUGGUUUGUUUAAGCUAAAUCUUUCAAAUGAAGCAAUGGACGUUUUUAACUCCAUGGUUGGUGGUGGUGUGGUUCGUGAUUGCACUACACACGCAAUAAUGAUUGAUGGAUUAUGUGAAUGCAGCCGUGUAGAUGACGCAAAGGUGUUCUGGGAGGAUAUCAUUUGGCCAUCCGGGGUUCAUGACAGUUUUGUAUACUCGGCUAUCCUUAAAGGGCUUUGUUGUUCAGGGAAGUUUAACGAGGCCUGGGAUUUUGUAUAUGAAUUAGUAGAUUGUGGAGUUAAGUUAAAUGUAAUAAAUUACAACAUUUUGAUAGAAGGUGGUUGCAAGUUCGGCAUGAAGAAAGAAGUGUACUUGAUUUUAGGAGAAAUGAAAAAAAAUGGUGUGGCUCCUGAUGCAGUUACAUGGAGAAUCAUUCACAAAUUACACAAGCAAAGUAAACAAUUAGGCCUAGAAGAGAAUAUCAACAUGUAAUACAGGUUUGUUUUGUUUGUAGUUGCAGUGCUUGUAUAAGUUGUAGUACUUAUUUCAAUAAGGAAAAAAAAGUAAAAUCUAUUUUCGAUUGUUAUAGAC